GGGGAGAGAGAGGGAGAGAAAGGGCGUUGCUUGGGUGGACCUUCCCCAGGUCCCCCGCACGAGACCACACCAGCCCCAGGCUCGCUCCUUCGCUCGGCGCUCUCGGACCAAACCCGAGGCGGGCUGCUUGGCCAAAGGAUCAAGGCCAGCCCAGGGUCUCUCGCUCUUGUGCCUUCCUUCGGGAGCAGGCGAACAAAAGCCCCACAACCCCGACCUGAAUCCUCCCCUCGGCUCUGCGGGAGCGCACGCCAAGCGGACACCUCUCUCCCUCUCCUUCCCUCCCACUCUCUCUCUCUCCUGUGCGCUUUUGGAGCGAGUUUGCGCCCGCUGCGCGGUUCCCAAGCCUCCCGAGGAGACCUUCAGAGCAGAGCCAAGCUUUCCAGCCGGUGGGAAUGGGGACCGUGGAGGUGGUGGGAUGGUGCCUGCUCUCCUUUCUUUUCUGCUCCGGAGGCACCAUGGCGAAAGCCAGCCAAGAUAUUGAUGAAUGUGUUGAUGGGACUGACAACUGCCAUAUUGACGCCAUCUGCCAGAACACUCCUAAAUCAUACAAAUGCAUCUGCAAAUCUGGCUACACUGGGGAUGGGAAGCACUGCAAAGAUGUUGAUGAAUGUGAGCGUGAUGAUAAUGCUGGCUGUGUCCAUGAAUGUGUCAACAUCCCAGGGAAUUAUCGAUGUACCUGCUAUGAUGGCUUCCGCCUGGCACAUGAUGGCCACAACUGCCUUGAUGUGGAUGAGUGUGCAGAAGGGAACGGUGGCUGCCAGCAGACCUGUGUCAACAUGAUGGGAAGCUACGAGUGCCACUGCCGCGAUGGCUUUUUCUUGAGUGACAACCAGCACACCUGUAUCCAGCGUCCAGAAGAAGGAAUGAACUGCAUGAACAAGAACCAUGGUUGUGCUCACAUCUGCCGGGAAACCCCAAAAGGUGGUAUUGCCUGUGAAUGCCGACCUGGCUUUGAACUCACAAAGAAUCAACGUGAUUGCAAAUUAACUUGCAACUACGGUAAUGGAGGGUGCCAGCACACUUGUGAUGAUACAGACCAAGGGCCAAAGUGUGGUUGCCAUGUGAAGUUUGUGCUACACUCUGAUGGGAAGACAUGCAUAGGGGAAAGGCACCUCCAGCAGCACGUUACCCCCCAGACGUUUUCUAAUGAGACCUGUGCUGUCAACAAUGGAGGCUGUGAUAGCAAGUGUCAUGAUGCUGCCACUGGUGUGCAUUGUAGCUGCCCCAUGGGAUUCAUGCUUCAGCCCGACAGAAAAACAUGCAAAGAUAUUGAUGAAUGUAGAUUGAACAAUGGCGGCUGUGACCACAUCUGCAGGAACACAGUGGGCAGUUUUGAAUGCAGUUGUAAGAAGGGAUAUAAGCUGUUGAUCAAUGAAAGGACGUGUCAAGAUAUCGAUGAAUGCUCCUUUGACAGAACCUGUGACCACAUCUGUGUAAACACACCAGGGAGCUUCCAGUGCUUGUGUCACAAAGGCUACACGUUGUACGGACUCACCCACUGCGGAGAUAUUGACGAAUGUAGCAUCAACCGAGGAGGCUGCAAGUUCGGCUGUAUAAACACUCCUGGCAGUUAUGAGUGUACAUGCCCUGCUGGGUGCAAACUGCAUUGGAAUAAAAAAGAUUGUAUAGAGAUGGUGAUAUGCUUAGCCAGUGCAAUACCGCCAAGAGCCACAUUGUCCUGCAACAAGAAUGGAAAGAGGGACAGCUGCUCUCUCACCUGUGCCUCCAAGGCUCGCUUUUUGCCCGAGUCUGACAACAGCUAUACAGUUAGCUGUGGGACCCCAAUCUGGCGGCAGGGGCCUCCACCCAGGUCCAGUAAUGGCAGCUAUCCCUGUGUUGAGACGGUCACUACUCCAAUCAAACAAAAGGCUUCCUUCAAAAUCAAGGAUGCUAAGUGUCAUUUGCAUCCGCGCAUGAAAGGCAAGCAGGAGGAGAUGGUCAGGAAUGCUGCACUAGGUGGGCCGGCUUCUUGCUCUGAUUGCCAGGUGACUUUUGUGAACCUAAAGUGUGACUCAUCAAAGAAAGGCAAAGGGCGCAGGGCUCGAAACUCUCCCAACAAGGAGGUGACACGCAUUACAUUGGAGUUUGAAGCUGAAAUCAAACCUGAAGAGAUCACAGCCAGCUGCAAUCUGAAUUGUGUGAGGCAGAAGGUGGAGAAGAAACUGAAGUCAGCCAUCAAAGCCCUGAAGAAAUCCAUAAACCAGGAACGGUUCCUGAUCCGUUUUUCAGGAAUGGAAUACGAGGUGGCACGAAAGCUGAGCAUGACUCCGGAAAGGCAGGAGAACUGUGGUCCAGGGCAACAGAGACUGGGACCCAAGUGUGUUAGCUGCCUGCAAGGAACAUAUUACCAUGGCCAGAUGGAGCAGUGUGUCCCUUGUCCUCCAGGGACCUACCAGGAGAAAGAAGGCCAGCUCUCUUGUGAUCUUUGCCCUGGAAGUGAUGCUUAUGGGCCAGCUGGAGCAACAAAUAUAAGCACCUGUGCAGGUCAGUGUCCCCCUGGUCAGUACUCUGUGGAUGGUUUCAAACCCUGCCAGCCAUGUCCACGUGGGACCUACCAGCCUGAAGCUGGCCGAGCUUUGUGUUUCCAUUGUGGUGGAGGAUUGAACACCAGGCAUGAUGGAGCCUUUUCCUUCCAAGACUGUGAUACAAAAGUUCAAUGUUCCCCAGGCCAUUAUUAUAACACAACUGUCCAUCGCUGCAUCCGCUGUGCUAUAGGCACCUACCAGCCAGACUUUCGUCAGAACUACUGCAUCACAUGUCCUGGAAAUACCACCACAGAUUUUGAUGGCUCAACCUCUGUGUCACAGUGCAAAAACCGUCAGUGUGGAGGGGAGCUGGGCGAGUACACUGGCUAUAUUGAGUCUCCAAAUUACCCUGGAAACUAUCCUGCAAAUGUGGAGUGCACUUGGAAUAUCAACCCUCCUCCAAAGCGCAAGAUCCUUAUUGUGGUGCCUGAAAUUUUCCUGCCAUCUGAGGAUGAAUGUGGGGAUGUUCUAGUUAUGCGGAAAAACUCCUCUCCUUCCUCAAUCACAACCUAUGAGACGUGCCAGACCUAUGAAAGGCCCAUUGCCUUCACUGCUAGGUCUCGAAAACUGUGGAUUAACUUUAAAACUAGUGAAGCCAACAGUGCUAGAGGUUUCCAGAUCCCAUAUGUUACUUAUGAUGAAGAUUAUGAACAGCUGGUGGAGGACAUUGUUCGAGAUGGAAGGUUAUAUGCUUCUGAAAACCAUCAAGAAAUCCUAAAGGACAAGAAGCUGAUCAAAGCAUUCUUUGAUGUGCUGGCUCACCCACAGAAUUACUUCAAAUACACAGAGAAACACAAGGAGAUGCUGCCACGCUCCUUCAUCAAACUCCUCCGCUCCAAAGUUUCCAGCUUUCUGAGACCUUACAAAUAGCCCCUUGGCAUUUGCACCAGCCUUCUAGGCCCCUCAACAGCCAAGAAAACUUCUUUUCUAACACUUAUUCUUGUUUUUCCAGUGACUUUUUCUACAAAUACAACCCCUGAUCCAGUCUAUCAAUACGCAGAAGUCUCUAAUCAUUGGUCUUUCCUUGGCUUUUCUUCAGCCCCAAUUCACUGUUCACAUUAUUCACAGAAGGAGCAACUAGCAGCCAUGAGGAAUAUAAUCCCAUCCCCUGUGCUUUCCCUACUGGGGUCUCAACCGAUGGGGAUUACACAUCCUAUUAAGUGAGGCUCUCUCACAAGGGGCCUUUACUGAGACCUGUCACUCCAGGCAUAUCUCAACUUUCUCCCAUAUACACAAAAAAAUGUGCAGCCCUUUGUGCUGCAGGACAGUUAUCAAAGAGGCUGUUGAGGCACCUCUCUGCAUGACUGUUUCUGCCAUCAUGAAAUGCCUCCAUUUCUGGGACACAGGCGAAAUGAGGGACUUUGAGAAGCUGCUAAGCGAUGGAGGUGGUCCAGCCGAACUCUCUUGUGAAGAACUGGGGACAAAGGAUGUCCAGAAUGCAGAAGGUGAUGCCUUAUUUAAGACUGUCAUGCUUUUAAAAGAAAAAUAAAUAAAUCAGGCACAGUCUUGCAGAGAGGAUAUAAAUAUAUAUAAAUUGUUGGCAAGAUCGUUCAGAAGAAAAAAAGAGAGAGAGAUGGCAAGUGUGAAAGAAAAUGGCCCAUGUUUGUGUGACAGCAAGUUUAGUGACUAGAAGACCAUCAUUUCAUGGUGGAGUCUGACUUUUGUGUUUGAAGAAAGCAUGGCCUAGCCAUGUUCUCUUACGGAAUGAUGUCUGGAAAAGGGGGAAGCAAAACUUGGUGAAAAGCGAGACUAUCCAAUGUGAUUUCUCCCCCAUGGACACUUGUGAUGUGAGUUCAGACUUCUUGCAAGCUCUGCCAAAGAGUAACUCGGUGAUGACAAAAGAGAAAACAGUGUGAAGGGCAGGAGUGAGUGAAUGUUUGUGCACUAGGAUAUUCUCCUUUCUACCUUUUUCAUAUUAUUAAGUGCAAUCAUUUUGAGUUGUCUUUAUAUUAUUUAGAGGGAUUUUUUUCUACUAGAAACUGCAAUAUUUAUACCUGCCUGAGAAAAGAGAAUGUGUGUGAGAGAGCGUGCAUGUGUUAAUAAUGAAACAGCAAAGAAUACAGACAAGGAGUUGGUGAAAUGAUGACUAAAUGUGACUUAAGUUUUCAGCUCUUGAAAUCUUUUGAUUUCUUCAACCACGGUAACUAAAUCCCAGUUUAAACCCAGAAAAGCAAACUCAGGGCCCUUCCACACAGGCCUAUAUCCCAGAACAUCAAGGCAGAAAAUCCCACAUUAUCUGAGUGUGGACUCAGAUAACCCAAAAGAUAUUGUUGGAUUUUCUGCCUAGGAUAGAGGGCUGUGUGGAAGAGCCCUCAACCAUCCUGUAAACUAGUUAAGGUCCAGGAUAUAAGCUGACUAGAAAUCAUGUUUUGGUCACAAGCAGCUUUUAAGAAUUGGUCAGAUUUUCUUAAUCAGGAAACUCAUCAAAUUUUCUUGAUAGACAGGGAAAUUUUGAUAACUUUCAGAUUUGAGAACCCCUUUUGAAUAUUUCAGGAGUCUCUGGUUUCUAAAAUAAGACAUCUUGGAAAUCACACCCAAAGGUUAUUUUUUUCCCUUAAACCCUGAUUGUCAGUGAAGAGAGAAAUGUUUUAUGCACAUUCUCGAAGGCAAUCUCAUCUUCGUAUGUUCUGUGGUAGACACCCUAGAAUGAAUAGGGGCUUUGGAGUCCUUGCUAAUAUUAGCCCUGAACAACAUGAUUUCUGGAUCAGUUUAAGGUUUCCCUGCAGGAUCUUAUAUCCUUUCAAGUGCAAAUACUUGUGGGGAAUUUCAAACUUACACUGGUGUAAUUGUUGCCGUCUCUGAGCCAUGACCUGAAAUUAGGAAACCAAAUUGUCACCUGAACAGGCCUGCACUUGGGCAGGAUAAUCUCCAUUUGCUGGCACUGGAGCUUUUCUACAUGGAUAUUAUUAGCUUGCUAUUCCUCCCAUCUACACCUUGAUCCAUAGUCUAAUAAAAUAUACUGGAACUGUUUCAGUAAUAAAGUAGAAUUGGAAAUAAAAUGCAGCAGACUUCACCAUAAGAGCUAAUACAGCAUUCAGCAACAAUCCCAUCAGAUAGAUUUCCCUCUACAAUAUGUAUUUAUUAUGGGAUGCAAGAGACACCCAUGUUUAUUAAGAGGAAGAUGAAGAUGCAGAGGGUGAAAUAGAAGCCAACUUUGAAAAUAAAAUGCAUGAUGCAUUUGGCUUAAGAAUUCUACCUACAUUCUGGCUAGAUCUCUUGUUUUCAUUUUGUCAUAAUCCAGAUGUGGAAAUUCCAAAAGGUUUAAAAAGCUGAAAAUACUUUCUGAACAUAGGAAAUAUAACAAUGUUUAGACAACAGAGCCAAAAUAUUUAUAACUGCAUUUUGAGGUGUACCACAGUCCAUUAUCUCCUGCCAAAAAAAAAAUGAUGAAAAAGGUGUAGUCCAUAAAGUUAUUUGCACUUGAUAAAAUAAAUUGUAUCUGAACUUGUAAAAAGAGAAGUUUGCAUUUUGUAUUGUCUUUUUUAAUUAUUAAAUGGAAUUUCUUGGU